CUCUUCUGUGGGGGGAGGGAGGCUGGGGUGUUACAUGUCCUCUGGAGGUGUGGCAGGGUGUCGUGUGUCAUCUAGGGGCAUGGUGGGCAGUCAUGUGACUUCCUCAGAAUUUCCUGCGGUGGAUCAUCCCUGGUGCUGCUCUGUGAAGAGUGUGUGCUGCUAUUUAAUUUGAGUCACUGUUCUGCCUGCAGCAGAGCUCACUGUAUUGUCUGUGCUGUCAGGAUGCUUCAAGAGCCACUGGGUGUUCUGUAAAGUGCUGCAGUACCCCACGAUGGAGUCAUUCUAACAGAGUGUCUUUGGGCACAAAAGCACAUGUGUUUACUCAGUUCAGUACUUAAAUAGACCCUGCCAGCUCAAAAUGUAGUACUCUACCCACAAGACGCCCACAUCCUUGAAGUAGGCUGAGGUAUAGGGCUGGAAGGGACCUCCAGAGGCCAUCUAGUCCAACCCCCUGCAUGAGGCAGGAUCAUCCCUAUCUCAGCCACCCCAUGCAAUCCAUUAUCUGAAUUCUACAUGAGACUACCAUCAACCUUAACACAACACAGCUCAAACCUGCUUUUCAUUGUGCGCUACAGGGAAACAGUAUGCUAGAACGGAUAACUUACUGAACUCAAGGGAAACGUCUGUUUUGUUUCUUUAAGGAUCGGCGGUUCUUGGUAACUUCUGUUUCUCAUAACUGCAAGUAGCUAGCCUAAGGUAUUGAUUGAUAUCCCUAAGUAGAUGUGCUCUGUGACUCUAAAUGCAGUGAAGCCUGCACUAAGGGUCAUCUCCCAUAGUAAUCCUCUUCUAAAGCUGAAAGGCCCACAUGAGGGGUCUUGUUUUUUUUGGUACAGUUACCUUCGUACUUCUAAGAUGUGCAUAAACACAGCACGAUGUGAAUUUUGCAGGUCUGUUUGAUUAAGCAAGGCUUUAAGUGAUAGCAGUGGGAAUGUGGUGACAUCCUUUUUCCUUGCAGUUUACUCACACUUGCUUUUGUGUACUUUGUGGCAGGCCAGUAGGGGGCACUCCUGCACUGAGCCACCCACCUCACUGCGCCUGACCACCUACCACCCUUCAAAUGCCUCCCUGGGGAUGCCUCACAUCUGGCUGACCCCCUUCCUGGAGCAUAUCCGCUAGCUUGGCAUUUACCCCCGCCACUGCCCAGGGUUGCGUACACACACCGUGUAGUCCUUGAGGGUACUCAACCCACUGUAAAAGCUUGGGGUGCUUCCUUUAGCCUGAAGCACAAAAGCAGCCUCCCUUAGUCAGCCGGACCAAGGGGGCACAAAGGCAUGCCUCUCCCAACAAGUCCACCAGACUUAAUACAGUGAAGAACUUUAUUGGUUACAAAGGGGAGGCUUGGGGGAGGGUGCAGGAUAGAGAAAUACUACAAAAUAACUCUUAAGUAAACAGUGGCAAGGUCGCUUUUGUAACACAAGUGCGUGAUCUACAGGCUAUAUAUUUAGUUGGGUUCCGAGUGGUUUACUCUCAAGUAUCAUCCAGAGGCUGAUAGAGCGUUGCUUUGGAGGCAGACAGUUUGUAGUGUGUCCACAUGAUGAGAGAGCUGCAGAUGUUCAGCUGCUCUGUGUCUUCAUCAUGGCUACAACCCCUCCUCCUGGGCAGUCUUGGCAUAUAUAGGCCUUUUGACAUCAUGUACCUGAUCCAGUGAAGGCCGUCACUUGGUGGCUCCCAGCCAGCCAACUUGAAGUGCAUCACUGGUUACGGAGCAGAGGGGCAGGGCUCCUACCUCCACCUCUAGUCAUGAGGUCCUUGCUAAAACAAUAGCAAGCUUAAGCCCCCACCCUGGUACCUGUCCCCAGGCACAUAAGCAGAGUUGGUAGAUGGGUAAGGGGACAAUGCUGAGGAAAAAAAAGAACUGGUGAAAGGAAGACGGGGAGGAGGCUGGGAUGGAAAUUCUCCCCAAUGCUCAUGUUCUUUUUCUCUCUUUUUACAGUGUUGAAGGUCUUCAUGCUAUUGUAGUCUCAGACAGAGAUGGUGUGCCUGUUAUCAAAGUUGCCAAUGAUAAUGCACCAGAGCAUGCUCUUAGACCUGGUUUUUUGUCUACCUUUGCGCUUGCAACAGACCAGGGAAGCAAACUAGGACUUUCAAAAAAUAAAAGUAUCAUCUGUUACUACAACACAUACCAGGUAGUCCAGUUCAAUCGAUUACCCUUGGUAGUAAGCUUCAUUGCUAGCAGUAAUGCCAAUACCGGGUUGAUCGUAAGCUUAGAGAAGGAGCUCGCGCCCUUGUUUGAGGAACUGAGGCAGGUGGUGGAAGUCUCCUAACCUGAUGUUAUCUUCAAGUGCAGCAUUUUUCAACAACCCAGUGGGCAGGAAGAUUCCAUAAUUCAGUCCACAAAAUAACAAAUGUCUUGGAAGAAACACCACUUCUUAUACUAAAUAAGAGUAAAAUUGUAUAUAGUGCUGAAUCUGAAAUGAGAUACUAGUGUAUUGUAGAUAAAAACUUUUUGGCCACAUUUCUUGGGCAGUAGUAGAGAGACCAAUAAAAUGGCUCCCAUGGAGUUCAGCUCAGCCGUUUGCUAAGGAUCAGGCUUAUCAGAGUUGGGCAACAACAACUGUAGAUUCAGAUAAAAGUAACCCAGAGUUCCUUGCUACACAGGGAGCAAGGAAUGCAGUAGGGUUUAUCCUAUGAUUUAGCUACCACUACAUACUGGGGAGGCAAAGGUUUCAUUUUCCCAGUUGUCUUGUAAUGAAUGCUUCACUGCUUCUUUGCAUGUGCUGGGGCAGAAAGCAUUGUGAUAAAGCAAGUUUGCUAGCUGUUGUUUAUCAGUACAAUCAAUAACUAUCCUAUGUUUCUCAUAUUUGAUGCUUUGGUAAAGGAAUUCUACUAAUUUGAAUGUUAACUUACUUCUUCUGGCGGGAAGUUACUUCUAUAAAAGCUACUGUUUCAAGGGUUUUCAUUAUGCCCGGAUAUAAGUGCCCAAUCAGUGUUCCACGUCCAUGGAUCUUUUUUGUAAAAUGUAGGUGUGAGAGCCUUGUUUGUCUUUUGUUCUACUAUUCUCUGUGUGGGUGCAUUAAUGGUUUUCCUCAGUAAAUCUAAAUAAAUACAGUAUUUUUAAAA